CGAGAAGCGCACACUUCAGUCGCUAGAGAGCGCUUUUCACGUGUGGGACGUGUCUUCGCGCAACUCCUCCAGUUACACAGCACGCACGCACCUCGUAGAGCGUCAACAUAACUGCGCAAUCGUGUUCGACCUUCCGCCGAACUUGGAACCACGCGUGUGUCUUGACAGUCGUGUGUUUGGCGGGAAGUCUGUUACUCCGGAACUUUGGAUAUUACGCGGUGUCGGAGCCAAUACGGUGGUUCCGUGGGUCGCCAGCGAACAGCAUAUUGGUGCUUUCGGGCCGUGUGCAAUAACGUUUUCCGUGAAAUAUCUGUUGGUGCCGUGUAUAAGGGACUUGUGUCACGGUUGUUGUGAUUGACCGCCUCGCGUGGUCCGGACAAUUUUGAAGUUGGUAUACACGGUUACGUGGCCGAUUUGAAAUUCGAAUAACAUCGUCGUGGCCUCUUCGCGGGAACACGUCGAGAAACACACGCUCAUCUCCGUCUCUGGGAGGCUCACGCGCAAGUGCGCGCGACGUUGCCGGUUCGUUCUACCCGCGGGCUACACGAUCAAUUUAUGAGAGAAACGAGCAGGAAAUUCUCGAUUCAACUUCAUGACUAAUCACCGGACAUUGUUUCGUGUAGCUACAACGUCGAGCUGUCCGAGGAACUUCUCGCGAAUGAUGAGAUAGCCGGGUCUGCUGUUUUGAUAAGGUCUCUCGCUCCCUUCGUUGGUAUACGCAAUACAGUGUUUACCGUGUUGCCAAAUUUUCUUCUCGGUCGUGUGCACGCUUACGGUCGGCAAGAAGCGAUACGCAUCUCGUUCGGAGCAAAUAAAACUGCAGGUUCCGUGGGUGUGUGCCGUGAAACGUUUAUUCGUGAAGUGUAAUUCGCUUACACGAGCGAGUCAACGAUCAGCGCAGUCCCGAGGCGACGCUGUGAGCACGGCCAUUAUUCGAAAUUCGGUGGGUCGCGCCACGACCAGCGUUGCCACGUUUCGCUGUGCCGCGAGAACAUCAAUGUCCAGUGAACGAUUCCUGGAAGAAUCAUCUCCGUAAAUGGGACACGUGUGAACGCGUCGAAAUCGAUGCACGGACGGACAACUCUUAAUGAUCUCGUGCGGUGCGCUUGGGUUAACAGUCGUCGAGAAAAAGUGGUGCGCGAGCAAGUGGGGGAACACACGGAGAUCGCGUACCGAAAACGUCGUCGGGACACGAACGACGUGCGAUAGAUAGAGAGGACUCGCCGCGGCGGAAAAGAGAGACAGAGGCAGAAGCCGUGUCUCGCUCGCUUGGGAACACCAUCGGUUAUUCGGUACACAUAUAAUAAAACUUUGGUAAACGGCGACGUUGCCGUUGCACGGUAGACUAACGAAAUAUGAGCGCACGAGUGUUGAAUCCGGCGAUGAUGACGGAAAUGAGUCGGAAUCUGGGUGGAGGACGAACGGCGCCUAGCAGGGCAGCCCUCGCUCGUGUUCGAAGGGAUCUAUUCGGUCCCGUCGAUCACGCCGCAGCUCGCGCGUUAGCCGAGCGGGAGCUUCGCGCUCAAUCCAUACUCGACGCCGAGAGAUGGGGAUUCGACUUUCACUUGGAGAUACCGCGGGCGAAUUCGAGGUACGAGUGGGAGCUGGUCACACCGCAGGACGUGGUGCCAGAGCCCUAUGCCCUACGCGGUAUGCCCUACUUAAGGAAACACGCGCCUGGUACGCCUCGGAAGGUACAGGAUUCCUCCUCGCCCACCAAGAAAUUCCUUCGUAAAGAGACCCCGGCGACCACUCCGAUCCUUCAGAAGUCGGAAAGAACGCCGCCUCAAGAACCGAGGGUACCACAAAUCGGCGAGGUCACCAUGAACGAAAUAUUCGACCUAGAGGCGGAGAAGAAGGUGUACAUCGUCGAACCCACUACCCCCAUUUUAUCAACCUCCGCGACGAGGAAACAGUCCUCUAUCACCGACUUCAUGAAGAGUCGUAAACGUAGCCUAAACGGUAGCGCGAAGAGCAUGAUAGAGCCGCCGGAGAAAAUGGCCCGCAACGCAGGUCAGAUACGCAGCUAAGGAGUCUCUUCCGAGCUUCCUCCUUCAGCCUCGCUGUCCUUCUUCCAUCUUUUGUCGCGCUCGAGCAAGAGUGAGCGAGAGAGAGAGAGAGAGAGAGGCCGGGAAACCACGGAGCAAGCAGGUCGGAGCUGGCGAGCGAGAAGCGUAUUACCGCUGCCCCCAGGAGGAACGAGAAAGGCAGUGGCAAGCUCUGGCAGGAGGCGCGAGGUCCGUUGGCUGUGCCAUUCACAUAGAUUUAUCCGCCAUGAAUAUGUGGACGGAAAACGGUGGCCAGUGAAUUUAGAGAAAAAAAAAGAAGGGAAGAAAGAUACAAAUCGCUCCGUUUUUCGUCGCAACGUUUAUAAUGUACACACACCGACACACAUACACAUACACACGUACGCAUUACACAGAGAGACUAACCAGAGACACAUAUAUUUUUCGUAGCCAUGCCACGGAAAUGAAAAAAAAGAUAGUAACAAUCACCGUGCCUAAAGGGAUAGACGAUAGGAACGGUACGGUGAUCAAGGUUGUUGCUAUCCUCUAUUUUUCCUUUUCUCUACGUUUCUUCUACUUUUUUUAUUUUAUGUAUGUACAUGUAAUUCAUCGUGUCGUUAUCUUUUUCUUGAAAGUAGGUUUAGGAUCAGAGUAACGAUUUAGCGUUAUAAAUAUAUAAAUAUAUA